CCCUGCAUCGUCGGCUUAAUUGGACGACACAACCAACGCGUCCAGCCUAACACUGGCCUCGACGGGGCCAACUUUUCAUUAGGUGUGACUGUCUUCGUGUAUCGACACCUGUGCUCCAUCCUAAUAAGGACGCGAUCAUCAAGGAUCUUUUCAGCGCAACCGCUUUCUGAUGAUGACAUCGUACAUUGACCUUGGAACCUCAUCAUAUCAUCAUGGACCCUUCAGUUCAGCGGUUGUUGACCGAUAAGUUAUACGACAAGCGCAAGCAAGGUGCUCUAGAACUCGAGCACUUUAUCCGCCAAGCCGCUGCUGCCAAAGAAUGGGACAAGAUCCAAAGGACUUUGGACCAGCUCUGCCAUGAUUACGCCUACGCUGUUCAUCUCCCUCACGCCCGAAAUGGAGGUCUGAUAGGUCUAGCAGCUGCCUCGAUUGCCUUGGGCACAGACGAGGUCGCACGCUAUUUGCAAGUGAUAGUGCCACCGGUUUUGGCUUGCUUCACCGAUCAGGAUGCACGUGUACGCUACUAUGCCUGCGAAGCGAUGUACAACAUCUCCAAAGUGGCAAAAGGCGAGGUGCUUGUUUUUUUUAACGACAUCUUUGAUACGCUUUGCAAGCUUGCUGCAGAUUCGGAACUGUCGGUCAAGAACGGCGCUGAACUGCUUGAUCGUUUGAUCAAAGACAUCGUUGCCGAGUCUGCCGCUUCCUACGUGUCCGUCUUGAAUUUCAACGCUGCAGACAAUACAGACGGUGGUAACAGCGACAAGUCUGUGUCUGAUCAGUCAAGCAUCGAAUAUCCCACUGCCUUCUCGUUGGCAAGAUUCAUCCCUCUCCUCGAAGAACGCAUCCAUGUGAUCAAUCCCUUUACUAGGACUUUUCUUGUUUCAUGGCUGACGCUCUUGGACACCAUUCCCGAUCUGGAACUCGUUCACUACCUACCCGCAUUCCUGGGCGGCUUGUUCAAGUUUCUCGGCGACCCAAACAGAGACGUCUACGUAGCCACCCAAGGUCUUCUUGAACGCUUUCUUGGCGAGAUUAAGAAAAUUGCAAAGAUCAAGCGUGGCAUUGCGCAGAGUCGGAAGUCUCGCACUAGUCAAAGAGGACGCUUGUCCCACAGUCCGGCCGAUAGUGGACCUACCCGCGACAGUGCCUCUAAUGACAACGCAAUCGAUGAUUCCGAGUCGGGAACGGCGCUUGAUGACGAUGAGGAUGAGGACAAGAUGGACCAACAUGAUGGAGACUGGAUUCCUGGUCAAGAUGUAGUCGUCGAUCAUACAAAGAUCCUCGACAUCUUGCUCAAGUUUGUCGAUGUCUCCUCUAGUAGAGAGACAAACCCGAACCUACGCCUGGAAGGCCUAUCCAAACAAAAAGAAGAGGAGAUCGGUAUUGUUGCUCUCCGGUGGAUUGAUAGCUUCUUCGAGAUCAGUCCCGAAGAGAUCCUACAAUACGUUCCCCGACUCCUGACUCAAGUGCUCCCGGCGCUUUCUGCCCAGUCGGAGCAGGUGAGGACGACCGCCAGCAAAGUCAACAGAUCCCUGAUGGACUAUAUCCUUACGUUCCAGGACGAAGUCCAUACUGAAGACAGACAUCCACGUUCCACAAGCGGGCUGGGAUCGUUGGCUGCUAGGGACAAUGAGGUACAGGAAAAGCGACACUCGGGCCUCGCAAACAAGAGCCUGCCUGCGCUCCCGUUGAGUGUGAGUGAAGUGUCACCUGAAGAGGCUGCAGAGCUUGGACAGUCGCCGCCCGAAGAUACCCCAAGGUCUACGGCUGCUCCAUCUCCACAACCUAUGGCAGACCUGGACUAUGCCGCGGCUGUCAACGCGUUGACACUUCAAUUCUUGAACGAGCACGAAGAGACGCGUGUGGCCGCAUUGAGCUGGUUGAUCAUGUUGCACCGAAAGGCUCCUAAAAAAGUCCUCGCGUUUAAUGACGGUACGUUCCCAGCACUGCUCAAGACACUCUCCGACCCCGCCGAAGCAGUCGUCACCCGAGAUCUUCAGCUCUUGUCCCAAAUCUCCAAAAACAGCGAGGACGGCUAUUUUACCUCUUUCAUGGUGGCACUGUUGCAGCUGUUUUCGACAGACAGAAAGCUUCUCGAGAUUAGAGGCAACUUGAUAAUCCGCCAAUUAUGCCUUAACCUGCAACCUGAAAGAAUUUACAGAACCUUGGCCGACUGUAUUGAGAAGGACGAGGACAUUGAGUUUUCGAGCAUCAUGGUACAGAAUCUGAACAACAACCUUAUUACUGCCCCUGAACUCGCAGAGUUGAGAAAGCGGCUCAGAAACCUCGACAGCAAAGAAGGACAAAUGUUCUUUGUAGCACUCUUUCGCGCAUGGUGCUACAACGCCGUUGCAACUUUCUCCCUUUGUCUGCUUGCUCAAGCAUAUGAGCAAGCAUACAACCUGCUGCAGAUCUUUGCGGACCUGGAAAUGACGGUCAACAUGCUCAUUCAAAUCGACAAGUUGGUGCAAUUACUCGAGAGUCCAGUAUUUACAUGUAAGACAGGCCGAAUAGCCGCUGAUCUUUGCAGCUGACUGUUUCGACUAUAGAUCUACGUCUACAACUUCUCGAACCGGAUCGAUAUCCAUAUUUGUACAAAUGCCUCUACGGUCUGCUGAUGCUCUUACCACAAUCGUCGGCAUUUGGCGCACUCAAGAAUCGGCUCAACUCUGUAUCGGCAAUUGGACUCCUACACACACCUGCAGCCAUGCCUACAUCGGCUCGUCCCUCUGUCGUCGGCGGCAUGUCUGGCCAGGCAUUGCCCAAUGCAACGGGAACUAAUGUUUCUGGUCGGCUGAACCGCACCAGGGACGCCAAUUCCGCCAGUGACGUGAAGUGGCCCGAACUACUGGACAAAUUCAAGCAGACGCAAGAAAAAGCACGACGUAGGCAUGAAAGGCUUCUGCGUGGCGGAUUUGACGCAGACAACGUAUAUGGCCCUACAUCUGCGACGAGAAGUUUGAAUGAUGCAAUUGAGGGAGGCAGAGACAGUCGAGCGAGUAAUCGGUCCGUUGGUGAAGGCGGGACUAGAGGUGGUGUUGGACGUGGAGGGACGCUGGGCAGACCUUUGAGCCUAAUGGGCCCAUCAGGGGUCACGUCUGGUGUUGGAGGGAGAGGAGGAGCUACAGGCGCGGGUAUUCAAGGCUCCGGCACGGCGGCUGCGGCGGGAGUCUCUGGGUCUGAUGGACGGGCACUCCCACAUAAAAGAGGCCACAGUCUGGCUGGUAGUUUUGGCAAAUUCACUAGUGGCAUUACGCGGGCGGGCAGUAGUCGAGAUCGUGAGAAGGAGAAAGGAAAGAAGUGAGAGGAUCCGGUGACCAGAUAGCAAAGUGGAUGCGGCAAAGGAGGGUUUGAUUUGGAAAGCAGUCUCGAUAUUGGGGAGAUGGCUGAGCACAAGGGACAGCCAGGCGAAUACUUGUUGGAGAAGGGCGUCUAUCGAGUGUGCACAAUGGUUGUGAUUGACGUGGUCGUUGUUUCCUUGUCCGCUGUUGGUUUGGUUGAAGGCGUUGUUUGGCAAGGAACGAAACAGCAAUUAGAGGCUUAGUUAGAGGAAACACAGCACUUGGAUGUGAGUCGUCGACAUGCUUUUCAGCCAUCAUAUUGUCUGGAGAAUCAGAUGUACAGAAUACCAUAGCCAAGUCAGGUGAUUUGAG